AUGGCUUUGCUGAAAGUCAAAUUUGACCAGAAGAAGCGGGUCAAGUUGGCCCAAGGGCUCUGGCUCAUGAACUGGCUCUCCGUGUUGGCUGGUAUCAUCAUCUUUGGCUUAGGGCUCUUCCUAAAGAUUGAACUCAGGAAGCGGAGCGACUUGAUGGACAAUUCCGAGAGCCAUUUUGUGCCCAAUUCCUUGAUAGGGAUGGGGGUGCUGUCCUGUGUCUUCAAUUCUCUGGCGGGUAAAAUCUGCUAUGACGCCUUGGACCCUGCCAAGUACGCCAAGUGGAAGCCCUGGCUGAAGCCAUACCUGGCCGUGUGUGUCCUCUUCAACACUGUCCUCUUCCUGGUGGCCCUCUGCUGCUUCCUCCUGCUGGGCUCCCUGGAGAGCACGCUGGCCCACGGGCUCAAGAAUGGCAUGAAGUUCUACCGGGACACAGACACCCCAGGCAGGUGUUUCAUGAAGAAGACCAUCGACACGCUGCAAAUUGAGUUCAAGUGCUGUGGCAACAACGGCUUUCGGGACUGGUUUGAGAUUCAGUGGAUCAGCAACCGCUAUCUGGACUUUUCCUCCAAAGAAGUCAAAGAUCGCAUCAAGAGCAACGUGGAUGGGCGGUACCUGGUGGAUGGAGUCCCCUUCAGCUGCUGCAACCCCAGCUCGCCACGGCCCUGCAUCCAGUACCAGCUCACCAAUAACUCUGCACACUACAGCUAUGACCACCAGACGGAGGAGCUCAACCUGUGGGUGCGCGGCUGCAGGGCCGCCCUGCUGAGCUACUACAGCAGCCUCAUGAAUUCCGUGGGCGCUGUGACGCUCCUCGUCUGGCUUUUUGAGGUGACCAUCACCAUCGGGCUGCGCUACUUGCACACGGCGCUGGAAGGCGUGGCCAACCCCGAAGACCCCGAGUGCGAGAGUGAGGGCUGGCUUCUGGAGAAGAGCAUUCCGGAGACCUGGAAGGCCUUUCUGGAGAGCGUGAAGAAGCUGGGCAAGGGUAACCAGGUGGAAGCCGAGGGUGUGGAUGCAGGCCAGGCCCCAGAGGCUGGCUGA